AUGAAUGGUGUUUUCAGUCAGAUGGACUGGUGGGAAAUUAUUGGAAAGAUCGCGUCAGAAGUUGCUGUUCCUUUGUCUGCCAGCGUGGUGUUUGAUGCUUUUGGAAAGCCACCAACAGGUACAUUAGACGGCAACCUACAUUUUAUUGGUUCAUACGACGAAUGUUUAGGAGUAAAUCAAAUACCAUCAGCACCUGCCACAAGAUACUGCAGAGCCACAUUCAAACUGCCGGAAAAACUUAUAAACCAGACAAUGGGACAUAUUGAAACAUUUGGUGUACCUGUAGCUUUAACUUGGGGAAUGCUUCAGAUGUUCAAUUUAACUCCAGAUAGUGUUGUUUGUAGCGGUGAAAAACCUGACUUCUCAACGGACACUGCAGCAAUCUCAAUUUUAACUAUCAUGAUUGUUAUCGGUGGAAUCGUGGUGUUAGCAACAGUUAUACAUGAAUGUUAUGGAAAGUUAUCAGAAAAAACGGAAGAGAAACGGAACAGCAAAAAUAUGUAUACAAACCCCUCAUUCGUUGGUGAAAACGGAACAGCUUUAAAUUUGAUGCCAGGUGAACUGAAAAAUGGUUCUUUUAAAAGGUCAUUAGAGGAAAACGAACAAAAACACAAAGUAUCUGACCUUGAAGAUGAUGAAGUAGGUAUUGGACGUCGGAUAUUAGGAUCAUUUUCAAUUUUUACCAAUGUGAGGACAUUGGCAUCAUUUGAUAGAGAUCCGGAUGAGAUAUCAUGUCUUUAUGGUAUUCGAUUCCUAACAGCUUUAUGGAUAUGUAUUGGAAAUGCCUACCUAUAUAAUGCCAUAUGGCCUCGAGUGGCCGAGACAGACGGUUCUGUUAUUUCAAACCAAAUGCCAGCUGUUAGCUUGUUAAAAAGAUUUACCUUCCAGUUUGUUUACUCAGGAGUAUUUGCUACGGACACAUUUUUUGUGGUCAGCGGUUUUAUUGUAACAAACAAACUAUUAUCAACAAUGGUCAAAGAUGAAAAAAUGAAGAUUACUGGAAUCCUUGGUUUCUACCUUCGAAGAUACAUCAGAUUAACACCCGUCUAUAUGAUAAUUUUGAUGAGUUAUGCGUUUUUAUAUGCAUAUAUUGGUGAUGGUCCUACAUGGCCAAAACAUAUAGGUCUUGCUGACAGUUGCAGACAACGUUGGUGGUAUCAUUUACUAUAUGUUAAUAAUCUAGUUGAUGUUGAUGGACACACAAUUUUCCAACAGUGCAUGCCAUGGUCUUGGUUUAAUGCUGUUGUAAUGCAACUAAAUAUUAUAACACCUAUCCUCAUCGUGUUAUUCCUCAUAUCUCACCGGCUUGGAUUUAUCGUAGCAAUCCUACUUAUGACAGGGGGGAUAACUGCGACUGGUGUGAAGGAACAUAGAUACGGUGGAGAUAUUCUUAGUGCUGUAACAGAUAACGGGAACUAUUGGAAUUAUAUAUUUACCGCUCCAUGGUGCCGUGUAGGGACUUACUGUGUGGGUGUUAUGUUGGCGUAUGUUAUGUUCAUCAAACGACGAGCAAAACUUGAUGUGUUGGUAGCUGUGAUUGGUUGGAUUGUUUCCAUUUUGUUAGGAAUGUUUAUCUUAUAUGUAUCAUAUCUAAGAUACAUGGAAAAUGCACCAAAGUGGACAUUCCCCGAACAAGCAGCUUAUGAAUCACUUAGCCAUCUUGCAUGGGCCUGCUGUAUUGCAUGGGCGAUUUAUUCAUGUCAUCAUUACAGGGGAGGAUUGAUUAAUACAAUGUUAUCAUGGAGAGGAUUUAUUCCAUUAUCAAAAUUAUCAUAUACCAUAUACUUACUGAACCCAGUUGUAAUAGCCGUAUACAUUAUGUCAAGAAAGAGCUUAGUAUAUGUAGACGAUCUUGAUAUGGCUUUCCUUAUAGUUGGAUAUUUUGUGGUCACCAUCAUUGGAGCCUCCGUGAUUUCCAUAUUUUUCGAAAGACCAUUUAUUGCUUUAGAGAAGGCAUUCAGUCGAAGUUCAAAAGCUAAAAUAGAACUAGGCAAAGAUGUUUAACUCUUACUGUCCUAGCAUUUUCAUCCUAAUAUACAUUAAUGAACAAAUACUGGUCACUGCAUGACUUUAACUUGCAUAAGUUGUAGACAAACGAUGUGCCAAACGUCAAAUGAUGAUAAAUGUGUCAUAUUUAAUAGUGUUUGAUAUUCAAUUCCUAAAUAAUGAACAUAUCAGUAUGCAUGAUUUCGUAUUUACUGAUUUUUUGUUUCAUGGAUGGGUACCUCAUAUCCCUUGUUUUUCUAUUAUGUCAGUAUACAUGCUAGGUCAACAUUAUUUGAUAAAAGUAUAAGUUAAAGAAGCAACCAAAGCAAGAACUAUAAGAUGUUCUCAUACAUUUGAUAUUGCAAUCAGUCAAAAUCGAAUGCUAUCGUUGUCAUAAAAUACAAUGUAAUGAUUGCAAGCUAUUCAUAAACGGUGUUAUUGUGUUUAAAAACAUAUUAUUCCGAUUUGUAUAACAAUGGUGUUAAAAAUACAAGUUUAUUUUAGGAUAUAUUAACAUUAUUAUCACUAAGUCCGUUAACUUUUGUAAAAAGAUGUAAAACUAAGACUUUUACUUUUAUGAUAGAAAGUCUGUCUGAUAUCUAAGGAAAUGAACAAACAGUAUUGUACCUUAGAAAUUGUCAGAAUGAUUUGGAAAUUUCAACUUUGAUAACAUUACUGUCUCCAUUAAUUUCUAAAUCAUCAUGUACAUAUUCUUGAAUCCAUCAACCUUUUUUGCAAAACGACAGGUAUUGAGUUACAUCGAACCAAACAUGUUGUGUACUAUCUAUAUGAGUUUUAUUAUUUGAAUAGAAUUAAUGCAAAUAUCUUACUAGCGUUCAUUGCAUGAGACUUUUGUAGAUAAAUAAUUUAAUUUAGAUUUUUUUUAACAGUUUAACUCGUUGCGUGAAUCCAAAUAUAUAGUUUCUUUGUUACUUUAUAAUAAAAUUAAUUUCGGCUCAGACGUCAUUUCUUUUUUUUUGUGUUCGUUUG